AAUGCAAUGAAAAGACAUUGUUAUUGUGCAACAGAAGAACACUGAAGAAGUUAAAAAUCGCAGAGCUUUACUGUCUUCUAAGUCUGAUGAAAAUAAAUCCAAACCAACAUCAUCGGUGUGCAGCAGAACUUCAGCUGAAGAACAGAGUGCCUGGCUGACAGCUGACUUACAAUGAUUGAGCUCCCAGCUCUGUCUGUGACCUGGACCCUGGUGCUUCUGGUCCUAACACUUCUGUAUAUUUAUGGUGUUUGGCCACAUGGAUUUUUUAAGAAACUGGGAAUCCCAGGACCAAGGCCUUGGCCUUUCUUUGGCACAUUUCUCUCAUACACUAAAGGUUUUUUCAAUUUCGAUAUGGAGUGUGCUAAGAAGUAUGGAAAAGUUUGGGGGAUCUAUGAUGGAAGGCUCCCAAUAUUAAUGGUUACUGACCUGGAAAUGAUCAAAGUGAUUAUGGUGAAAGAAUGUUAUUCUACCUUCACUAACAGAAGGGAAACUAAUGCAGGUCUUGCUGGCCCCUUUUCUGAUGGAAUAAGUGUAGUUAAAGAUGAGAGAUGGAAGAGAAUCCGCAGUUCACUCUCUCCAUAUUUCACAAGUGGUCGACUGAAAGAGAUAUUUCCCAUAGCUGUGACACAUGCAGAUCGUUUUAUUAAAAAUAUGCAAAAGAAAGACCACGCGCCACCAGUUAAAGUGAAAGAAGUUGUGGCUCCGUACAGUUUGGAUGUGGUCACCAGCUCCUCCUUUAGCGUUGACAUCGACUCCAUAAACAACGCAGAUGAUCCUUUCGCUACCAACAUUAAGAAGUUUUUAAAGUUCAGUCUGUUCAGUCCUCUCUUUCUGAUUUUAGCUUUAUUUCCCUCCAUUGCAAAUCUUUUGGGCAAAAUGGGGAUAAGUCUUUUUUCAAGGUCGUCUAUGGAAUUUUUCUAUAAUGUCCUGAAAAAGAUUAAGGACGAGCACAACAAGGAAUCAAAUGGUCGGGUAGACUUUCUCCAGCUCAUGCUCCAGAAUCAAAUACCUGGUGAUCAUUUUGGGGACACAGAUGAGCAACCAGCAAAAGGACUAACAGACCACGAGAUUCUCUCCCAGUCCUUCAUUUUCAUUCUCGGAGGUUAUGAGACGACAAGCACCACUCUCACUUUCCUCCUCUAUAAUCUUGCAACUAAUCCAGACUGCCUGGAAAAGCUGGUUAAGGAGAUUGACACAAACUUCCCUCCUGAUACUCCCAUCACAUAUGAUGCACUGAUGAAAAUGGAUUAUUUGGAAAUGGCCAUCAACGAAUCAAUGCGUCUCCUUCCCACUGCACCACGCUUAGAGAGGGUCUGUAAGAAGACCGUGGAGCUCAAUGGGGUGACCAUACCAAAGGACACUCUGGUUGCAAUUCCUACAUAUGUUUUAUAUCGUGAUCCACAACUCUGGGAUUCGCCUGAUGAGUUCAGACCAGAGAGGUUCAGCCCAGAAAGUAAGUCAGAGAUUAACCAGUAUAUUUUCAUGCCUUUUGGACUCGGGCCUCGAAAUUGCAUUGGAAUGAGAUUCGCCCAAAUGAUCAUGAAGCUUCUUGUUGUGAAGCUGCUUCAGAACUUCAGUAUGGAAACAUGUAAAGAGACACAGAUCCCUCUAGAGCUGAAUGCUUUGUUUCAGCCGAAGGUUCCCAUCACACUGAAGUUUAUACCAAGAUCUUGCAAGGCAAAAGAAUAAUUAAAAUGCAGAACAUUUCAAUAUACCUGUAAUUGAUUUGAUUUUAUAUGUUACAUAGCAUUAACAAAAUGACUCAAAAUUAUUUCAAUUCAAGUUUAUUUGUAAAGCGCUUUUCACAAUACAAAUCAUUGCAAAGCAGCUUUACAAGAAAUUAAGUUUCCUAUUCCUAAAUUAUAUUAUGAUUAUAUGAUUAUUUAUAAUAUAUGAUUAUAUAAUAUGAUUAAACCCUUAACAUAAUCAUAUUAUUGGAUUUAAGGUGUUGAUGGCCUUGAGCUCUUCUUGAUUCAUUCAUUUUUGUGUCAUUUACUUAACACUGUUAUAAAUUUAAAAAUACAUUAUUAAAAGUGUAUAAUUGUUUAAUUACAGACCAGAAUCUAAGCAAUGAAUGCAAAUGUAUAGUUAUUAUUGUGGCUGUGCGAGACAGGAUUAUGUGCUUUAAUAACAAACUUGAAUGAAUUUUUGUUGGAAAUAGACAUCAUUGAACAGAAAUAUAAAGUAUCACAGUGUGUUUGCAUCUGCAAUGAAAAUAAGUACUUUUUAACAUUUAAAAAGUAAAACAAUUACGAAACAAAAAAUUUAUGAAACAGCCAAAUGUAACAGAUACACAGACAUUAGAAAUCAGCUCCCAAAACAAGCUUCUCCUUGAAAUAUUAUUUGUAAACAAUUGUUGUGGACUUUAGAGAUAUUCCCUCGAUUUAAAUUACUUUUAGAAACAAUGCCAGAAGAAAUAAAUACCUCCAGGAUUUAAUAGAUGUGUAAUGCUGAAAAUAUAGUUCGUCUGUCAACAUUGUAAGGCUGAUUUUUCUGUCUCACAGAUGACUGAAAGGGGUGUUAUUAAGCAACGCCCACAACACUACAUAUCGGUAAAUGUGAUUGGUAGGCUUCUAACAGACAGCUGGAACAACCAAUAACAUACAGACACCUGUAGCGCCCUCUGCACAUACUUACAAUUCACCAGAGAGUUGCAUCAGUUGAGAAAGUUUUCUUCUCAAUACUGAAGAUUUGAUAUGUUUAAUACAAAACACUCAUAUCCAAACAUUGCAGCCUUGUACCAUAUCAAAUGGCAGACGUUAGUUUGCAGAUAAAUAGCCUUAGCUCUCUUAACAUGUUUAACAGAUAACUCCCUGGUUACAGAAACUAACCUCCACAGUCCAGCAGCGUAUUUUGUCUCAGUACUCCAGCCUGAGGUCUCUCUGCUUCUCUCUUUGUCCAAUGGGUGUCACUGUAAACUGUUCAAAUAAAUGCUCAAUGUUAUUGUG